AUGGGGUCCAGCCUGGCAGUGGCGGGGGGCCCUGCAGCGGGGCCCCACGAGGCCCACAAGCUGCACAUCCUGGCACACACAGCACGGCCGCUGCCCAGCCCGCACAGCCCCACCAGAGUGACCAGGGCCUUUGGCAAGCUCAACUUCCACAAGAUCGCCGAGCUGCUGCACAGCAGCGACCUGGCGGUGCGCCAGAAGGCCACCAAGGCUGCUAGCGAGCUGCUGGCCACUGCGGAGAGCAGGGCCGAGUGCCUCGCCAUUCCAGGCGUGACGGGCACGCUGGCGGGUGCGCUGGUGGAUGGUGACCUGGUGGUGCGGCAGCAGGCGGCGCAGUGCAUGGUGCACAUUGCGGGCAGCCAGAAGGGCUGCGCCGACCUGUGCGACAAUGGGGUUGUGCUCAAGCUGGUGGCCAUGUUGACGGAUGAUGACGGGAAGAUUCGAACAACUGCUUUUGAAGCGCUAGCAGCGGCUUCCAGCCAACCGAGAGUGCGUGAGAUCCUGAUCGGCGGUGGCUGGCUGGUGGGCUUGCUGGUGCAGCGCGCGGGCGUGGAGAGCGGGGAGCGGGCUCGGCAUGCGGUCGAGAUCCUGGUGCAGUGCGCGCAACACGCAACGCAGGGGGACGCGGCGCGGGAGCAGACUCUGGCGGCCAAGGGCGUGCCGGUGGCGGUCAAACUGCUGGGCAGCCCCGAUGCGGCGCUCAGGGAGACGGCGGCACGGCUAGUUGCGCAGCUUGGUGUGUCGGAGGGCGGCAAGGCGGCAUGUGUGGCAGGAGGGGCGAUGCCGCCUCUGGUGGUGGCGCUGCAGGACAGCAGCGUCAGGAUGCGCACCGCGGCCGCGAGCGCGCUCAUGAGCCUGACGGUUCCCUUGGUGGGCAAGGAGGCCUUCGUGGCGGCGGGCGGCCUGGCGCACCUGCCGCCGCUGCUGGACGACAAACAAGGCACGCUCUGCCUGCACACCCUGCAGCUGAUCGCGAACCUGGCGGAGCUGCCGGCCGCCCGCGCGGGGCUGCGCGGCGCGCUGCCGGUGCUGGAGCGCAUCGCCGCGGGCAGCGGGAGCGGCAUCCACAAACGGUUUGCAGCGCAGGCCGUGCAGCAGGUCACCUUCCAGCACGCAGGCUAG